AUGAAUGGUGGAGACAGGAGUCCAGCGACAAAGUAUACUAUCGACUCGAGUGAUACACGGAAUCGCUCGUCCAAGGAUACCCCAAACAUGCAUGAACUUGGAAAGGACCCGUUGACAUGGAGCUUCGUGAAGCUUUUGGGCGUGCACGUGAGUCGUGAUUUAGUCGAAUUCGGAGGUCUUCCAGCAAGUCAUGCGUGGCGAUUCAAGAUGUCAGGACUCUGGAGAGCACGUCUUCUGACAAAAGCCCAGUGCAUUGGAGUGGUCAUUUCCACCGUGGAGCGAGCGGAUCGAGUCGAAAUUUUGAUUGACGACGGUACUGCACUCGUGAAGACGGUGUUAUGGGGGGGAAAUGUCUGUGCACCGGUAGCGCUGGGAGACCUUGUGCAUGUGGAAGGGAAGCUGAAUAUGGAUAAGAGCUGGGACGCCGUUGAUCUUGGAAGAGCUCGUGAGCUCCGAAUUCUACGAAUCACUCCUGUGGACGACCCGAAUGCAGAGUUGCUGCAUUGGACACAAGUGAUGGAGCUAGAGAAGAGGACCGAGGCGCACUGGGAAAAGAUUGCCGCUCAAGCUUUCUUCGAGCUCUCGAUUGCUAUCAGCACAAAGCAGCGGUUUUUGAGUCGAAGCGAUCGUGGCUCCUACGAUGAGACGUUACUGGAACUUCUUGAGUUCAUUCUUCUACAGCAAACAACAAGUGGUUCCGAGGAAGCCAGCAUGAUCUCUUUCAGCACUUUCAUCAGCUCACCUGGACCUGUCGCGAUGGUGGACAAACACGGCAAAACAGUCGACAAGAACCAGAGAAUCAGGGCAUUGCAAUUCUCUUUUCGUGAGCUGCAUCGAGCAGGGCUUUUGUUCUUGGAGGAUGAUGAGGCAGACCGCCACGUUUUGUUGAGCUUUGAGGUGGCGUUAAAGCCUGUGCUUCUGCAAGUUAUUCGAGACCGAUCACAAGGAUCCUCAAUUGUGGAAAUUGUGGAUGCAAUACUAAACCAGGAGCGAUUCAAGUGCAUUCCGCUGCACUGGAUCGAAAAGAGCCUCGAGCGUCUUAUAGUAUCUCAGCACGUACUUCAACACGAAAAGUCACAGCUGUUCUAUGUAAGCACCAAAGAGCUGUAG